AUGCGCAACAUUCACGGACGUUACUUUAUGGAUAAAGACAUUGUAUCAUUCAUUGCAAUACCAGCUAUAGAUACCGGUGCUGAUAACGUAGACGAGAAUCGUCUGCCUGAGCCAAUGGAGUCGCACGUGUUAGAAAACAUCUCAAAUACUACACAUCCACUCCAGAGAACAGCAAAAAGUCCUUUAAUACCAGGUGGCCCAAAUGCACAGAGAUCUAAUGGUGAUCACCAAUUGCUGGAUGUGUCCCAGCAGACAUUUGAAGAUAAUGAUCAACUGACAGAACUUGGUCUACACAUAAUAUGCGUAGAGAUCAAACAGGAAGAAAUAGAUCACCCCAUAGCUCACCAAAUAAGUCUUACAGAGGAUAAAACUUCCAUGUUUACAGAGAGUUCAAAAAGCUCUAUAAAAAAGGAAACUCCCCAAUCUGAGCAAAUGACUGAUGAAGAAACAGGUCACCUCAUAUAUCGCCAAAUAAUUCCCACAGAGGAUGCAAGUUCAAAAAGUUUUGUAAAAAAGGAAACUCCUCAAUCAGAACAUCUGACUGAAGAAGAGGAAAAGCGUUUUAAAUGCGCUGAAUGUAAUAAAACCUUUGCAUACAAGUCAUGUCUCACACGGCACCAAAAGCUUCAUACAGGGAAGGAAGUAUAUACCUGCAAUGAGUGUGGGAAAUGUUUUACACACAAAUAUAAUCUGGCAUAUCAUGAAAAGACCCACACAGGUGAGAAGCCGUUCACAUGCACAGAGUGUGGAAAAGCUUUUACACAAAAACGUAACCUUAAAGUUCAUGAAAAGAUCCAUAGAGGGGAGAAACCAUACACAUGUCCAGACUGUGGGAGAAUGUUCACAAAAAAGUCAGCCCUACAAAGUCACCAAAGGAUUCAUGGUGUGGAGACGCCUUUCAUCUGUAUAGAGUGCGGGGAAAGUUUUAAAAUGAAAAGUCAUCUGAGAUCUCAUUUGCGGGUUCAUAAAUUAGACAAACCAUUUACUUGCAAAGUGUGUUGGAAAAGCUUUUCACAUAAGACUCAUUUUGAUUCUCAUAUGCGAAUUCAUACAGGGGAAAAGCCAUUUAGUUGUGCAGAGUGUGGGAAAAGCUUUGUACAACGGAUUAGUCUCAUAUUUCAUGAGAGGACUCACACAGGGGAGAGGCCUUUCACAUGUACGGAGUGUGGUAAAAGUUUUACACGGAAGAAUUAUCUCAAAUGUCAUGGGUGUGUUAUUACAGGGGGGAAACCAUUUACUUGUGCAGAGUGUGGGAAAAGUUUUACACAACGGAUUAGUCUCAUAUUUCACGAAAGAACUCACACAGGGGAGAGGCCUUUCACAUGUACAGAAUGUGGAAAAAGUUAUACACGAAAGAGUUAUCUGAAAUCUCAUGGAUGUAUUUACACAGGGGGGAAACCAUUCCCUUGUACAGAGUGUGGGAAAAGUUACACUAGGAAGAGUCAUCUCAAAUCUCAUCUGUGCAUUAAGACGGAGAAAAAACAUACAAAAGUAUAAAGUUUGAGGUUUAUUAGUAUGAAUCCUAUUGUCAGUCUCCUGACUCACCCAAUAAUUUGUUUUGAUUCACAUGUUUAUAAUGUUGAAAAUGUUUUAAUAAAAUGUGCAUCUGCUAAACCAUCGUUA